AUUGGAAUUAUUUUAAAUUUGAAAAAAAAAAAUUUAUAAAAUUUAUAUAUAAUUUUUUUAAAAAAAAAAAUUACAUCUCAGUGAGCGAGCUUAGAUUAAGUGGCUUUUUUAGACAGCCUUCUCUCAGAUUUGCCAGAACUUUUCAAGAAAGACAGCAAGAGAAGAAUUUGAAAAAACAAGAAGAGUCAUUCAAAAAAUAUUUAGAAGAUAUCAGCUCAAAAGAAGUUUACUACUUGAGAGAUUUUAAGCAAGAAAUUAUGGAAUUAAUAAAAAAUUCUGGCAAUGCGCUUAGCAAAUUUUGGCAAUCAGGAACCCAGAUCGAAGAAGCAGAAAAAGAGAAAACAAAGAAGAUUUUAAACGCUUUCCAUGACUCUGAGCUGACAGAAGAAAGAUUCGAAUUAGAUACAAAAAAGGAAAUUGCACUAGUCAGUGGAUAUAACGUAGAUGAUGUCAAUAAAGUUUUAAGACAGUUUCGUUUGAAUCAAAAAAUUCAUAGAUACUUGAAGGAAAGAAGAGAAAAGGGAGAGCCUUUGCCUGAGAAUCGUAAUGAAUUGGACAACAUGGUGUUAGUAGAUCCACCAAAGCGAACCCGAGAAGAAAAGAAAAGGUCCCAAGGAUCAUAUUCAAAGAAGCAGCUUAAAUACGUGAGAUAUUCAAGAGGUAACUAA